AUGGAUCGAGUGAGAAAUGGGGAUAACACAAUUAACGACGCCUUCUUCGAAGUGCUGGACAAAGUCAUGGAGAUCAGACGAAACUGUCAGCUCCGAACCAAUAACUUCACAGGAGGAGUCAGUGGAGCUGGGGCAAGCGCCUUGAAACUGCAGGCAGAAAUGAUGCAAUUAUGUCACCACUUGCUUGAUGGACAUGGAUCUGGAUGGUGCGCUUGUAAGAGUAAGUAGUAUAACGGCGUAUUUAUCAUUGGCUCCUGCAAAUUUUGACGUCUAAAAAUUGAUCUCUUUUUUCCUUUUAAAUGGUAGUCGUUCAGACUCACUCACCUCUUGAUCAAGUACUAUGUAUUUCUCCUCACAAAAAUUUUUCAUCCUUCAGAUAUUUAUGCUUCUUUGAUGUCGCUCUCACUCUUUCCCAUGAUCUUUUAGUUAUAAUCUGCGCCUGCAAAACCAAAUUCCUCUUCUAAUCGCCCAAGCCUCUACUCGCGACGCAGGAGCUUCCUCCGCCAUCUCGUCUGCAGGUGGGCAGACCCACCACAUGGGUGGCCAUGCUUUGCUUUUGAACACCAGUUCGGCGUUUGACGUGCUACAGGAAACUUCGGACAUCCUCGACAUUGCCUACGAACGCCUCUUUAUCUCUGUGCAGCAGCAUUGCCGCAGAGGGUUUAGUGCUGCUACUGCAUCUGGAGUUUCGGGAAUCAACUUUGGUGGAUCGCAAGGAGCACACUUGAUGAAAAGGUCGUUGCAGAUAUGGCACGAAUAGAUGCAAUUCUUGCAAGAGUUUUGAUUGUUACGUAGAAUGAAGAAAAGGCCCACCCCCACACUCUCCUCGAGUGGCCUAUUUUAUAUUGUUUGUACUACUAGUUCAACUUCAGCAUCAAAUAACAACUUCAAAACGAAUUUCCUUUUCAGUUAGACUCAAGCACCCCUUCUGGUUCUCAUUCAUCUGUGAUCAGAUCAGGGGUUUCUAGUUGUGGCGUUGAAGCUCUCUUUACAUACAUACAGUUAGACUGAAGAGUUCUAAGAAUCCAAUCUUGAGCCUCUAACCCUGUACCUGAAAGAGCGUCCGGUGUAUUUCAACCAUUGUCUCCGCGACAUUGCCAAGAUGCGGAAACAGAUGCUGAAUACGCGAUUCCAUGAAGCGCUAUCUUACGGGAGGUAACGGCAAGAACCCGUCGCCGACGGCAUCAUCUUUUGGCCGAUUUCUACUCGGGAAAUCGGCUGAAGUAGAAUGACAUUCUGAAAAAAGCGAGGUUGUCGUUGCCUCUAAUUAUCACGAGGAGGCGAGGACAGUCAUGCCAUAGAAAUGUGCAAGCAGUACGAUCCGGUUAGGUACGUAGGCGAUAUCCUAGCGUGGAUCCAUGAGAACAUUGCUACGGAACGGGAAGCACUCACGACGUUUUUGGGUAUAAGUGCGGCAGGGAAAGAGAGGAAGAAGGUACAACUCAUUUUUUACGGUUGACUAAAUAGAAAUACCAGCAGAGAUUUUUUUACUUGGUUCUUCUUGAUGUUGUUUUUGGUGCUCGUACCCUAUGACGUACCAAAUGUAUCUAUUAUAUUGGACUGCAGCGAAGAAAUAUUUAAUCAAACCUCAUCAACGACAUAACUCUCUCACUUUCUUUAUCGUCCCCCUUUCCGUUUCCACACGCACACAGGCCCUUCGUCAACAAGUCGGGUCGCUCGUCGCCAGCACGAAAGGUGGCUCCACGAUCCUCGAUGUGGCUUCGCGCGCUGAAGUGCUUUCUUCUAUUGUGAACUACGAAGAUGCAGUCAGCAACGACGAUGGGCUGCUAGCAGAUCUCUUCUCCUUGCUGGAUUUCGUCCUAGAGGGAGUCUGCGACAGCUUCAAAUCACGGAUGGACAGUCUUUUGCACUUGGAUUCGCUGGUGGGGUGUUACAAGAUUUCGCGGUUGCUGGCAUACUUCAGUCGUGCGCUCACGUUCUUGUUGAACAAGGAUGCCCGCUUAUUGCAGCUGAUCAACCUUUAUCAGCAGAAAAUGGCGCAGAGGUUCCUAGAUGUGUGCGACGCGAACAGCCAGACCAUGAGAGGAACGACUAGCAUUAUGAACUGAGUGAACAAGAGGCACUUCUUUUGACGUAAUUUUUAUAGUUGGAGUGUUAUACACAGUGGUCUAUAGACUGGUUACAAAAUAGCAUUGGUAAUGGUAGUCUAUUGGAGUAGUUGUUGCUUCUACAACUCGAACGCGUAGACGACCUAGACGUGGACGUAGUUGGUUUUACUGUUGUAUUAAUUAGUUUUAGUACAACUGGUACUACAUCCGAUGAUCGUGGUCGAACGUACUUCUGCAUUACGUCGAUUACCCGAACUACAAGAAAAGUAAGAAGAAACGCUCAUCAAAAUACUAUUUAGGACAUACACAUGACAAGAAGAGUCAUCUAAUCCUGACGCCAACACCUCCAGCGGUGGAGGGCAAGAUGACCCCACAGGACAAGGCUCUGCAGCACAUGGUUCACGGUUCGCCAUCAUGGAUGACCUCUCAUGUCCUCUUUUCGUCCGGGAAGCGGUGAAGAUGAUGCACGAAAUCGUGCAGGACGUGGACAGUCUGGAGGAGUUUCAACCUAUUCUUUGCGCAGCUUACGAUCCUCUGUUAAACCAUUGCCGACAAAUGUUCUCGUCGAAUCCUGAGGAUCGAGCAGUGUUCCUGAUCAACUGCAUAUCCUUGAUGCUGGAACCGCUGAAGACAUUGCCAUUAGCUCAAGACCGCGCAGUGUUGUACUCGCAGCUGAUCCAAGAGCAGCAGAUGUACUUGAUCGAACAUCAAGGACAGGAGACACUCCAAAAGCUGGGUCUCUUGGAGAAGGUGACGGCGUUGCGUGAUGUUGUCGGGUAUCCUGAAAAAUUCCCAGAUGGCGGCUUCCCUACCGCAGCGCAGCUGCAGCAAGUGCCGGAACUACACGCUGUCUCGUUAUCUUCGGUGCUGCGCUCAUUCUACACCAGCCUUUUCACGUUGAAAGCCUUGUCAGUUCCGCAUGUAGAGAAAAUCUCGGCUAGGGAACUACGUGAAGAAACCCGAAAGGCGGUCGGAAGGAAAAUUUUGGAAGCGUAUAUCUUCCUUCAUGACGGACUGCAGGCUCUACAGGUGACGACGCACACGAAGGACCAAGUUGCCAUGCUGUUGCUGGGGGCUUGAUGUUGAAGAGACUGUUGCGUCUGUGUACAGAAAAUGUUUUUUAUACCCGCAUUUUCAGCAUGUAGUUGUUGAUGUUUUUUUACAUUUAUGUUAUCUUUACGCUGCAAGAAGUCUUGUCGGGGAAGGG